UGAAGAGAGAGCGACGACAGCGACGAGUUUAACGUUCCCGCGCCGGGGCUUGUCCAUUAUUGUCAUUGUGUUUUUGUCGGCGAGCUUCACUUACAAACGGGCUUGUUCAACGUCUCUCGAAUCCGAAUCAAGUUUACGUACAUAUAUUCAUUUUAAAUACAUACGCAUAUGCCCAUCCACCGUUAAAUGUGUAGACACACUGGUCAAAAAGAGAGAUACGCAUACACGAGGCUCCGGAAGCUGCGAGGAGGAGGAGCAGUAGUGGGGGGCUGCUGCAGAUAAAGAGAUCGAAGGAAGAACGACGUGGCUGCAAAGUGCAGAGCAGCAAAGUUGAUUUUAUUGGAAUUGAUGGACGAGGAGGAAUUUUGAGAACUGAAUUAAGAGUGUUUUUUUUGAACGCGUGUGCUUUUUUAAUGUAUCUGUAGAUUACUUUAUCUUCAUACGUGUACGUACUCGCAUGACACAUUACUCGUGUACAUGCGCGCACACAGAUAAACAUCACCUCAUCCGACCUUGUGAAAGAUUCUCCGGCUGCUGCGGUGCGACCCUGACAUUCGUUUAUGUUGUUCUCCGCUACGAACGCCCACCCGAGUCUCGCUACGUCAGUUAGAAAUUUAGCGUUUCUUAUUAUUGAGAUACCGCACACAUUCCAACCGCAUUAUGGAAGCAGCGAAGUGAAGCUCCGACGAGUGUUUAUGCUGAGAGAGUGACCUUGACUUUGGUCCUGGGACAGAGCGUGGCCAUCUGACACCGGCGUCAAGAUCGAACUUGCUUGUUGUGUACGAAUUUGUUUUUAAUCGUGCCAUUGGUUAAUCAGUGCCGUUCGAUUGGGAAUGAAAUUUUCAUUGGUUCGAGAAACGAGGAAGGACAUUGGGGAACAUUCGAUCUUGUGUGGCUCGGCUCGAGUCGGUUGAGAAGUCAUUUUUUGAGCAUAUCAAUUGUCUGUUUAUAGAAUUGCCUGUCUCGAUAGGUUGACGUUUCGUUGGAAGCGAAGCACGACAAUUGAGUUUGCUAAUUCUUCAUUUAGCACGUGAUUUCAACUACCGGAGAUCUUGAGAACAUUUUUUAUGCUUGAGGAGCUUUUCUCAACAGGCGUUUUCAUUUGGUAACGUUAGUCGUAAUAACGUCGUUGACCUCGUAGAAUUAUCGGAGAGCGUUGAAUGGGCGCUGAUGGGAUUCGGCUUCGUGAUCGGUUAUUGGCCCCGGCAAAAAGUAAUGCUAGUAGUAUAAAAAUAGCAUUGGUGACAGAUCGUCAUCUUCAUUCUGACAGAAUAAAAGAUCGUCACCCUGACGGAAAUCGGCGAAUUCCAUCUGGCGUCCGAGGUAUUCUCCUACCUCGCUCGACUCGUCCUGGAGGAAGAGUCGAAGCCACACGUCUCAACAACGGAGCCCAAACGGAGAAUUCUAACACGGGAAUCAUCUCAGUCGGGUGACGUUGUUAACAGUGUAGAAUUUGCCAACGAACGAAAAGACAUUGUUUCAGCGAUGGCACCGCGGCGUCAUACUGCAAACGGUCACGUUGGCGGCUUGCUCGAAGUUGCUGCUGCCAAUAACAACGACACCCUCGAAAAUUUCGCUCUCAACGGCCAGUCGUCAACGACCACGCGUUGUUGUACACCAACCGGCGAAUGUCUACGCGGUGAUAUGCCAAUACGCUUGAACGCGCUUCAAGAUGUGGUCAAGGUAAUGUGCAACAACGAUAGCUGCCCAGUUGGCCAGUUCAUGCAUCGCGAGUGCUUUGACGCCUGGGAACAAACGGUACUGACGUACCUGAAAAAUUGUGGCCGUGCACGCAGUUGGUCCGAGCGUCAACGCCAUCAAAACUUGUGGACGAAGAAGGGUUACGAUCUGGCGUUCAAAGCCUGCGGAUGCCGAUGCGGCAGAGGUCAUCUUAAGAAAGAUCUCGAUUGGAUGCCACCAGGGCCUGGCAACGCUUCCGGUAAUCGGGGAGCCGAUGAGACCGAAUCGAAGAAAAAGAAACGUCGCAAUCGACAGAAUACGAGACCGACUCUCGCUGUUUCCGCUGGACCACCGACACACACCGGAAACUAUGCUGUUGGAUGCAACGGCAGCAUCAAUGCGAGUGGAGUUGGUGCACGGGGUGGAAGUGACGUACAGCUCAUCGACUCUGGACGCGGACGCGCGGGCUCCCUGUCAUCUGGGACCGGCUCUUGCUCACCGCCCGCUACCAGUGAACCGAGCGUCAGUCCUCUUCAUCAGCCACAAGCCAUUGUUAAGAAAAAGAGCAAGGUCGACUUUUUUGGCGACCACCGAGCGAGGCAAAGCUGCGGAGCUAAUGGAAUUUUCUCACGUCGACUCGACUUCAGCGCUUUCAACAGCCUGCCCAGGACUAAGCUCAACUCCUAUCAUAUCAAGAUGGAAGACGAGGGAAAUCACGGAAACGAUGACACCCGAUGCUUCAUUUUGUCGACCCUCGCUGCCCUACAGUGGUCCAGGGUUUCAUGCGUACUUUGCCGAGCUGCGAUGCUAGUCUUCGACAGGUAUCCUCUAGUCGAUGGUACCUUCUUCUUGUCGCCACGGCAACACUCCCAUUCUUGCGCUGAGGUCAAAGUUGAGGGGCGCACACAAUUUUUAUCAGCCGUUUGCAUGAGCUGCUUGGAAGGUAGCAGCGGAGCUCCAGUUCGUUGUCGCUGUUGCACUCAAGCCUGGGACGGUUCGAGCCUCGUUCUUGGCACGAUGUACAGCUAUGAUAUUUUCGCUGCUAUGCCAUGUUGCACUGAGCGUCUUAAGUGCAACAGCUGCCAAAAGCCUCUGAUUUAUCCCCACCAACGGCUGAACUUUUAUUCGGAUUACAGUCGCGUAUUUCCGUGUCCUCAUUGUCGCGCGGUGGACGCACAUUUCGUAAAGCCCCUUUCAGCUUGCUACACACGCGAGCAGUUCCAGCUUUACAGUCAGUGGCCGUAACCAUUAGAGAAAUUGGCGAUUCGUCACUCUUGCGGGCUCCUCGGCGAUGAGAACGACAACGAUAAUACGCGUAUACUAAAUUCCAUAAACGAUAAACUAAAGACACGAAAUUCGACGAUCGGAGGCUCCCGAUUUUCUGUCGAUUGGGCGAAAAUCCUUUCCUCCGGUUUAGUCAUGGAUAUGCCCUGAUUCCGAGGAUUCAACAGGAAGAAAAAAGAAGAGAAAAAAAUCUCGCCUCCGUGACGAUUUCGAGUAGCUGUUUUUAUUUUUAUUUUUUUUUUUUAAUUUUUUAAUUUUUUUUAUUUUUUCACACCACUCCAGCAUCGGAAUCCGACUGUUCAUUUUCUGUUAUUUCGAGUGUAAUUCGUCGAGAAAAAAAAAAUGAACGUCGCGAAUCGAACGGGUUGAUGGAAUUAUUGAAACGCGUAUGUCAUAAGAAAAAAGGAAAGGAAAGAAAAACAAAUAGAAAAAUGAGAAAACAAAAAAAAUUUAACUAUCCGCCGACGAUUACGAAGGACGAGAGUCUGAUAAUGCCACAGGCAAAGCCAACCGUCUAAAUAAGUUAGUCGAAUUAUAAAUAACAAUUUAUAAGCGGUAAUAAUACCUAAACCAACUUAACUCACACACAUUUAUAUAUAUACAUAUAUAUAUAUAUAUAUUGUACGAAGCCACCUUUGUUAGGGCGUUUUUAAGAGAAAUACGUGGAAAAGACGAAAGGAAGAAAAAAAAAUACUAUUGUUUGUUACUUAGAUAAUCGAUAAAGUUGUUUUCAUUUUCAACAUUUUAUUAGUUUGUACUGCGUUUAGGCGAGCAUCGUUGUUUUGUUUGGUGAAUAACGCGACGCCCGAUUUCUCACGAAAAUAGUUUUUUCCUCUUGUGGAUCUCUUGAAUUGGGAUUUGAAACAAAUGAAUCCGUAAUUUUCGAGAUUUCCGACGACGUAAAACAUUUAUAUUGUCUUUGCUCGAACGUACAGUUCAGUAGAUUCAAUGAACUCGAUGAAUAUCGAGAAGCCUAUGAAGAGAAUAUGCUUUUCAAAAUAUUGAUUUUUGAUCAUGUCCUAGUUUUUUUUUUUUUUUUUUUUUUACAUUCUUCUUUGUUAAAUUCGAUUCAAUUGAAAACAAGCCUCUUUAAAUGAUUCACGUCCUCCUCGACUAAAUGAGCAGCGAAGGGGAACUGUUUCCAGGCUCUCGAUUAUCGAAGUAAACCUCCUCACAUAGUUCACCGCAAAAGUACUAGCAAAUAAACUCCAACAAGGUUCUCGUUGAGAGAAAAAAAAAAUAAAUAAAAAAAUCAUUUAUCAUUCUCGUUGGUCGAGCGUGAAACCAGGAGAGAUUGUGGUUUGUUCUUUGGCCAGGAGCUCGUAGCGCCAUCUCGAAAUCUGUUCGUACGAGGCACAAAGCACGGGAGGCGAAUCAAAGGAGGAAAGAAGUGAGAAUAUUGAAUAACAAGGAAAAUGAGGAGGGAGCGAAGGAAUGGUUGGAGAGUUUGACGGGAUCAGCGCGAGAUUGCGAGUUGAAAAAUUUCGUUUCGGCGAUGCUGGUCGUUGCUGAACAUCCUAGCGGCCUUCCCGAGGAACCAAACCAUCCCAACCUCAAUCCUCGACUUUCCUAAUCGACGCAACGACCCAAUGAAGAGAGAAAAAGUAAUACAAAAAAGAAUAAUAAUAAUCGAAACUUAUGUAAAGUCCUCCGAAUCGAAAUAAUUUUGAUUCAGAGGUAGUUUUUAUCGACCAUGCGUACCUCUUUUAUGCUUUAUCGUGAUAACGUUAAUGACAGAAGUAACCUACCGUCGUAGGAGAGCAGUAGACUAGCAGCUGAAGUCGAAACACCCACGACAGUCCUCGUUUUCGUUCUGAGAUUAAAUGACACACGAAACAGCUAGUCCUGGUCGGUGAAUACUGCGCUCGAUGUUUUCUCCUAAAUAUGAUUCUCACAUUUCACCAAACACGAAAUCAACUCGGUUCGAUAUCCACGGCAGUUAAAGUCUUUCCUUUAUCCCGAAAUAACUCAUGCUUCUUAGGAGAAAACUUCGUAUCGCUGUGAAAGCUCUCAUUGCGGAUCAUUCCGUCGGUGUGUCAUUUCACCUCAAUGACGAAAAGGUCACGAUCGCGGUUCGCAUCAAGCUGCAAACAAACAAACAAAACACUCGUGCACAUAUGAUACACAUCGCAAAGCAACUUUCAAAGCCCUUUGACAUUGAGGAAACAGAAGUUUGAACGUAAAUUCUGCGGAAUAUAUGCGGGAAUAAUAGAUAAUGAUACACACGUGAGGGCUAACGAAUAUAGUACGUCAUUUAAGUCAUUGAAUAAUGUAGCGCUCUCACAGAUUCACACGUACGAUUGGACGCAAGAUUUCGGAAAGGAGAGUGGACUUUGUAUUCUUUUUAAGCUCACCCACCAUUUCUCACAGUGCCAAAUCCAAUUUUUUUCCGUAUAUUCAUUUUUUUCGAGUGUUUUUUUUUUCAAUUGCACGUAAGAAUUGAAAAGUCGAUGGGUUGCUGAGGGUCCAUCCAUUCAUUUUCGAGCCUUCUUCGACUCGUCGUUUUUUGCUAAAAAUUUUUCAAAUUAAUAUAAUCCAAGGAAACAAUUAAAUGUGCUAUUCAGCACGAAAAAAGCUUUGAAAUUCAAUUCAAAUGGUUCAAUCAGUGAAAAUAAUUUAAUUAAAUCCUCAUAGUCAUGCGAUAUCAUGUUUUUGUUUUACUGGCAAUGGGCAAAAUACGAAAAAAAAAAAAAUUCGCUUUAAAUAUUUCUGACGAAUCUACCGAAGGAGGGCCGAUAUUUCUUUAAUUCUUAGCGAUCUCGAGUACUAUCGGCAUCAAAUUUAUUUUCCCCUGUGUCACGUAUUUUCGAUUCCUUCGUUUUAGUUCUCUCCCUCAAAAGGAUUUUUACAUUCUCAAAUCUCGAAGUUUCUUUUUUUUCUAUUUCGCAUUUCCACUUUUAAUGUAUGGCGCGACGGGAAUGUCAAAGGAGUUAAGAUCGCUGAGCGAGGUAAUUUAGAAUUUAAAAAAACGAUUUAGAAUGUAAGUCGAAAGAGUGAAUUAAAACAUAAAACAACUCUUCGGUACAGACACCGUACUAUUACAUUUAAACAGAGUGAAUGCAGAUUGCGAAGCAAGAAUAACGUUAUAAGAAUUAUACGUAUAAUAAAUGAGUGUUUUUCGUUGUUUUUUUAUUUCUUUUUUUUUUGUUUUCCAAAUAUAUAUAUACGAUCUCUAAUAUAAGUAGGCAGAAGGAAUAGAAGUUCAUGAUUAAUAUCUCCACUGGGAUCCAGUUUAGUCUUUGAAUUGCAUCAGGUGAGUUUCGAAUCUUCGUAAGAUUCGAAAUCCUGAGGGUUAAUUAUUGGAAGAAAUUUCACGAUCGGGCUUCGACUCCCAGAGUGAAAUUUCUCCUUCGAAGUUAAAAAUAUUUUCGUUUCUGUGGAAAAAAAACAAACAAACAAACAAACAAACCUACAGUUGAGGGGAAUCACGCAGAAAUGUGAAGAAAUAAGAUCACAUUGACCUGUAGGAAAUAGUUUUCGAAACAUACGAUCCAACGUAAUCAGAAGGUUUUUUUCAAAUUUCGAAAAAUACCAUGAUAAUAUCAAAUUGACUUGAUGUUUUUCGAAAACCGAGUAUAACAUACACGAACACGCAUACAUUGACGCAAAAUAGCCACGUACAUACACAUUUAUACAAACAUAAUAACACCUACAUCAUCAUAAUGAUUUGAAAAAAUUGAUAUAGCGACAGUUUUUUGUAUAUCUAAUUGAAAUUUUUGUAUAUCGAAUGUAUGAAUACGUAUGUUUGCUCUAAGUGUAGGAAGGUAUUGCGGAUAUUGGUAGGAUUACUUUUUUACUCCAAUCACCAUACGAUUUUGUACCUUUUGCUAUAAAAACUUAUACAUAUAUAAAUAGAUUAUAUAUAGUAUAUAUUACGAGCUGCUAACGCGACUCUUGAACAUAUAUUUAUAAAUAUAAAAGUAUAUAGAAAUAUAAAUAUAUCUGCACGUAUAUGUAUUUAUAUACACGGUGAGAAAUGAUAAUUGAUCAUAUUCGUGUAUAUUCAUAGGUAUACGUGGGAUGGAUAUGAUAAUUUAAUCUACGUGUGCCGUAGAGGACGUUGGUUUUAUACGGGGAACGAUAAAAUACUUCGGUAACGAUUUCAUCAUCAUCGACGUUUCGUUGAAACUCCUUAAAGCGAAAUUUUCCUCAUUGAAACUUGACGAGUAACACGAAUCACUCACCGACUUGUGUUUCGGGCUUUAUCACGAUAAAAUGAAUGCUGGAAAUAACGGUAAAGAGUCGCGAAAGCGUAUCAUCUUCCAGGGUCAAUUAUUUAUUGAUUCUAGUCCCGCGAUAAGCACACUGGGCACUGGAAAAUUCGACUCGUUCCCCGAUCCAGCCUCGUCCGCGUCGAGACGUCGAGCGUGGUUUCAACAAAUAAUACAAAUUAAAACAAUUCGUAUCGAUGUUUUUAGGGAGCCCGACGGAUGUUUAGGCACUUUUGAUUUUUUCGGACGGAGUCACCGCUCACGGGAAUCAUUCGAAAAGAGGAUUUUUCAAUUUUAUUUCUCAAUGUCAGCACAUUCAAUUACAUCGUUUUCAAAACGUCUGGAGUACAAUGAAAAAUCUUUUUUAAACACGACGAAAAUCGAUUGCUUAGCAAUUUUUUGUUUCUCGUAAAAGAUUCAAUCUCAUUCAUUGAUCAUGAAAACUGCAAUUUAUUUUGACAAAAAAUAAUACUCUUUCGAGAAUGAAGAAAAUUCACUUUUGGCAUCGGAGAGGUUAUGAAUAGUUGAGAUAUGAAGAGAGUUUAAAAUUAUAAUCGAUGAUGGAAUGCUUAAAUUUCGGGACGACCGAAUGAGUAAGCAGAAGUACGAGUCUGUGCUAAAGUUUCGAAUGGAAAAUGAAGCAAGCAUGAUGUCGCAGGUUUUUUAUAUUUCUACAAAAUUUCAUCCAAAGGCACGUGGGCUAAUAGUCACGAGUAAUUCUAAUAUUUAUAUUCAUAUGUAUAAAGUGAAUUUAAACACAAACUUAACAAAUUGAAAUGAUCGAGUCACCAGAAAAGGCAAAAAAGUAUAAAACACUGUUUCGCAAAUUUUUUAUUAUCGGAACCAUUUCGAACAUCACAAAACGGACGAAAUUGAAAAUAAUUCACUCCAACACUCUGCACCGAUCGGAAAAAUAUCCGUAAAUCCGAGUCUCUUAAGUCGAUCGAUUGGAAUUAAUAAAAAAUACAAGAUCGUCCCAAAAGUAUGAAAUUCUAUCGUUAGGCUAUCACAGAUCGAUUCAUCAGCUCGAUACAAACCCGGAUACGUGAAUACACAGUCGCUUGACGCUCGAAAUAUUUCGUGGAUGUUUAUUAUUAUUAAUUAAUAUAAAUAGAUAUAUAAAUAUAUAAAUAUAUAAAUAUAUAUAUAUAUAUAUAUAUAUGAAUAUAUGAAAAUCCAUAUAUCUAAUUGAGAUAGGAUAAAAAUGAAAUAAGAAAAUAGUUAGGGCUUAUGAAAACGAUUUUGAAUUAUUAAGAUUCUCAGCUGUGGUAGACAACUAUAUUUGUUAUUCGAAGAACUCGGCAAACACGAUGAAACGUAUACAUAUGUUUAGGUAGGAAUAUUGUGCGAUGAUGAUUCAGUAAUUAUUUAGUAAACGAAUGAAACGAUCGAUCCAUUUAUAUGAAUAGAAAUAUUAAGUGCGAAAUACGAAGGAGAGGAGAGUGUAAAAGGUAGAAAAAAAGGAGCAAAAAAGAAAAAAGAAAAAAAAACAUGAUGAUAAGAUACACAAAAAUACACAUAUGUCGAUGAAACAAAGACACAAAAUUUAUUCGUCCCUUUGAUAUAGUCGUUUUAGUAGAUUCAUAAUCGUAGUUGAUCUUGUACGUACGAUUUAGCAACGAUUACGACGAUUAAAUCGUUUCCAUCCUCGUUAGUUAAAAAAAUCGUAAAACAUUGUUUUUUGUUUCAAUUCGAUAAUAUUGUAUACCAAUGAAUAAUGGUAGUCGAGGGAUAAAUCGUUCAAGAUCUGAUUAGUGAAUUUUUUCAAUCAAGUGUCGCGUGUAUAAAAAGCAUUGGAAGCGAAUCCGCGCCCGCGAUUAUCAAUGAAACUUUUGAAGAAAAAGUUAGUAAUUCGAAAAGUUCGAUUCGUGCCCACUCAGCACUGUUUUUCGAAAGAAACCAUCUCAAAUGAAACCAGAAAAUAAAACGCAUUUCAAGAUUUAUCGAAACGCUAGGAGACUUCUGACAUUUGUUCCAGUGGAACAAUUUUCUUCGACAAAAGCCAUCGACGAUGCUUUUUUCAAAUGAAAAAAAAAAAAAAAAAAAAAAAAAAAAAAUUUUAAACCGAGCAAUUUCUCAACCCGUUGAUUCGAGUGCACGAGUUGAACUUUUUCACAGUCUCUUGAAAUAUCGAUAUCCAAGUAGCUCGAAAAAUCUUGAUUACACUGGGCCGUAACGUUCUGGUAAUUUUUCUCCAGUGAUCGAAAAUCCUGAAGACAAUUUUGCGAUCACUUAUUAAAGAUAUGGCUAAAUAUGAAUAUGAUUUCGGUUAAUAAAGUGGCGCCACACGUGUACGAUCGAGAAAAUAAUUAUUAGAAACUUUCAUCAAAAAAUCGGAAUACCGAGAAUACUAUCGAUUUAAAAUAUCUGGCUGAAUAACGCGUCAGCUCAAUUCAGAUUAAAAUGCCAAUGGUACACAUCGUUCUUUCCACGAUUAGAACGCCACACACACACAUACACACACACACACACACACACACACACACACACAUACGGAUAUACACACACGUACACACACGUACACGGAUACACAAAUAUAAAUAUAUUUCUGUUUUUCGAACGCUAAAUACCUCAGGUGCGCUGUAUUAUUGUGUGAAAAGACAGAUUAGAAAGAAGGACAGAGGCAGUAACGCGCCUGGUGAUACGAACAGGCAAAUAUCCCAUCGAUAAACGUAUUUCACGUAUGUACAAAUCUCGAAGCUGUGCAUACCCACCCGAAUCCCAGAAAUAUUAUAAUCGACGCAUAACAAAAAGAAAAGAAGGAAAAUGAAAAUGAAGAAACAGGAAAAAAAGGGAAAUGAAAAAGUAAAAAACUAACGUAUGAAAAAACCUUAUUGAAAACACGAAAUAAGUGAUGAUAGUGCAUAUAUUCGUAUAUAUGUAUGUCGAGACCUUCGCAUGGCGUGAAUUGACGAUUGUCCAUUUGUUCCGUUCGGAUGAUACGAAACGAUGGCACGGCAUUCGAUCGUCAAACGUUUCCACUUGCUCGUCAGCUCCAACAGGAAAUAACGAUGACGUCUUUUUAUCGAAACCGAACGAUUUUUGGGCCAUCGUAAUUCUCGUCCAGCCCCGAUUAAGUUUUCACAGAUUUAACCCCUCAUGUACCCCGAGUUGCAAGCACCCACAUGUUUUUAUAUGGACCGAACAAACGAAGAGAAAAAUGCGAGUAAGAAAGAAAAAAUAAACACUAUCCACGCGUCGUACGAUAAUCCAGUAUUUCGUAUAUGUCGCUAUACCCUGGAUACACGAUUUAUGUACAAUUUUCCCGUUGUUACUGGUUAGGCAAAGAGAAAAGUCAACGAAUAUGAGCACGAAUGCACGAGAAAAAAAAAGGGAAUCGUUGAGAGAAAACAAAUUUUAUAUCGCUAACGCUACUACAGGCAAGCGAUUUGAGUUUCAAGUUGUGAUUGGCAUACGCGCGUUGCUAACUUUACACAUCGGACCUCACUCUCGUUUCAUAUCUUAUUUCAAAGUAUAUAGAGUACGAUAAAUGAAAAGAAAAUGAAAAAAAAAAAAAAAAAAAAAAAAAAACAAAUAUCUGUUGAAAAUUAUUCGUUGUUGAAACUCGCAAAUCUUGCAAGCUCGAAACUACAUUUUGAUAAACUUUUUAUUCCUCAUUUAAUACUGAUCCGUUUCGAGUCUCGAAUUCGAAUUUAUUCUCAUUCAUGAAAUUUCAUACUACUUUCUCAUGAGUUUAUUUCUUACAGGAAAAAUCUUGGUUACUGAUCUCCAGACUUUUUACUUUACUAAAAAUUCCAUUCGUUUCAACGAACGCAAAAAUUGAUAAAAUUUUAUUUUCCUCGAUGCAGAGCUGUUGGGAUUGUAAAAAUAGAAAUUGGUUUUGGAGAAUUGAAAAAAAAAAAAAACGGUGGAUGAUUCAACUGAGUAGGAGAAAAAAAUUAUUGUUCGCUGCAAUCGAGUCUCGGGCGUUUUUAUUUGCCAUAUGCAAUACAGCCAAAUCAGUCAACUUCAAUGGUCGUUAAAUUACUGAAAAAAAAUCAUGACGAAGUAACAGAACGGAACAAGCGGAAGGACGCCCGAGAACUUGUCGGAAAUUGAAUCGUCUUGAAUAGCUGGCAAAGGUACAAAUGUACAUAGGAAGAUAAUUGUUAUAUUGUAUAUCGCGGUCUCUCGAUUUAUUGUUUAUGUGUCAAUUUUAUUUUCGUUUGUUUUAUCAGACUAUAAACGAAAAGAACGAAACCACUGGAUUGGUUGCGAGAAAUGAAAAAUAACGUAAAAUGCUGCAAUAGCGCGCGUAUAUCGAUAUUAUAAUGCGGAGAUAUGGAAAGAUGGAGAGAAUUAGAAAGAGAAGAAGGAUGAAGAGUGUUGAAAGUGAGGGUGUUUUUAAUAAUAUGAGGAGUUUCCAUUUUUCUUCACGAAACUAAAAUAUUCAUCAGAAUAAUCGUUUUUAUUGAAAAUUCGAAAGCGAGUAUCCGUCAGUAAUACCAUUUCGGCUCAUUCUAAUAUAGCCACCGAAUUCUCUGUAGGAAAUUCCACAAAAUAUAUAUACGUAUAAAAAAAAAUAUAUAAAUAUCUAUCGUCCUUGAUCGUACAUGAAUAAACUUAUACCCAAAUAAAAGCGUCGUAAAUAAUCGUAUUGAUCCAGGUACACCGUUGAUUUUACAUUUUUCAUCUCCUUCGACAUUGAAUUUCAAUCUAGAAAUAGGUUUUUCAGGUCCUCGCGUUUAAUCAAUUAAAAUCCCAUAUAGAAUGAAAUUUUUCUUCUCUAGCAUUAAAACCAAUGUCUGAAUGUCGUGUGUGGAUGCGCUACUUCCCUUCAAAUUCAAUCGCAAACUAAAGAUUUCGUAGGAGGAACAGUAGUCGAGCUUAGGCUUAGGAGCAUCGAUAUAUCCUUAUAAACUCAUAUUAUCCCUUGAAAUAUACCAUAACGUAGCUUCUCUCGCACUAUAAUUAAUUAUAGUGAUGACGAUGGCAAUUGCGCACUUGCCUGAUUAAGAUAUCGGUAAAUUUCAUGCAAAAAUAAUUACUAUCGAGGGCUGCAAAUAUCGUGGCUGCGAAGGGUGAUCAUUAUUUUAUCGCGAUUGAUAUUUGAUGAAAAAAAAAUAAGAAAAGAGGCGAAUUACUAUCAGUCUUUGACGUGAAAUCCAAAAUGAAAAUCGACAUUCGAUGAUCCUACGUAAGUUCGAAAAGCAAAAAAGCAAUUGAUGCAAAAAAAUUGUAAAUUUUUAACGGAAACUGCGUUUCUGGCGUAAAUUCACUUAUUUCGAUAAGUACGGAUUAAGGGGUAGACUUUGAAUUAGACUCUUACGAAGAGCACGAGCAAAAUUAAACAUACGAAAUGAAGUAAACGUUUUUGUAUUCAUUAGACAUAAUUGGGCAUUUUAAUUCGGCUGUGUAAUGUGAGUAAGAGAGGAAAGAAAAAGUGAAAUUAUGUAAAAUUAAAUGUCAGAGAAAGGAAUUUUGAGUGAAGAGAAAUUUAGAUUUGGUACAAGCCUCGAAAUUGGUAGGAUAAUUUUUGUACUCUAUUUUUUUAACAAUCGAGUGUCGAUCAUUAGUUGUGAACGAAAUAUAAUUCGGCGGUGAAUUGGUAAACUAUUUGGAACUGAUAAGUAUUUCUUAGAUUAUUCUAAGCGUAAUGUAAAAACGAGUCAUAAUUUUAUCAAAAGUGUUUCUUUAAGAAGUUUUUAUUAAAAACGUAAGUGAAAUCAGUUGUCAAAAAAUUUUCAUUCAUAUUUAAUUCAGAAUAACUGAAAAUACUUCAGUUAAAAAUAUUCAAUCGCAAUAAAAAAGUACGAAAAACUCGUCGCUCGACAUGAAUACUUUGAAAGAAAGCUUCAUCAGCGUUAAAGUCGAGUUCGACACGAUCAAAAAAUCGCGAGUGCCCAUAAGACGAAAAUUUAACAUUUUAUAAUUCGCAAUGUCAUCGACAUCAAAAAUAACGUACUAAAUUCAUGAAAUUAUCUUUAGUAUAAUCACCAUCAGAAUUAGACGUAUUCAUACAUAAAGGAUAACAGCGUUCGUUAUCCCACAUUUUUUAGUCAAGCCUAAAACUAAUUAAGUCAGCGAUUAUUACGAAUAUGACAAAGAAAAAAAGGCAAAAACAAAUCAUUUGAACGCAAAGAACGGAAAAAAAUGAAACUGAAAAAAAAACUAAUGAAUACCGAUCGGACGGCAGGCAUGGAAUCGAUCCAAAAAAUAGUAACAAGUUUUUUGCAAUGCAAAUCAUGCUGGUAGUGCGGACCAAACGGCGACAACUGACAGAAGUGAAAGAAGCAUAACGAAAAAUAAAUGCCGCUCCAUCGGAAAAAUGCAAGUCGUUCAUUGUAUAGUCGUUAAGACGUAAGACGCAAGAAAAUGGCCUGUAUCGAUCGAACGCCCAUCAUUUUUAACACUUCAAUAGAUAUUUUUUUCUCAAAAUCAUUAAUAAACUAAUUCUUUAACAGAAAGCAUGAUCAAUGGAAAAAAAUAUUUUUUGCAAAGACGAAAAAUAAUUUUUUUUUUUUUUUCAGCAGAACCCCAUUUCAUAAUAAUUACAAUAAUGAGAGCAGGAUUUAAGGGCUUCCUUGAUAUCCCUCGUUCAUUUCUGCGUUCGAUUGCGAAAGGCCCAUGCCAAAAAAGCGCACCGUAAUUGACUGCGUGGUAUUCAAAAGCUAUACGCUAACUUUUAAGUAAUUUUAUUGAACAAGCAUAUUGGCCAUUCAAUGACGUCAAUCUAAAUACGUCUUUUCGAUGCAAUUUUUACAUGAACUUUUAUUAUUGUAGGUCGCGGGUAGGAAGUCGAAUCUUUAGAGCCCGGGACGGUGAACGUGGUUGCGCAACUUCCUUUAGGCUUAGAAUUUUUUCAGUUUCAUAAGUCAUUUCUUCACUUUUCUCCACAUUGAUGUGUCACAAAAUGUGAGUUUUUUUUAUCUUCUAAUAUCAGUAUAGUCAGAAGAUUUUAGAAUUGCAGAAAAGCGCAGUUUUAACUGACGGUUGAACAGGAUGUACGAGCGUCGAAAUGAAUUGUUUUCGGUGCUUUUUCAACCAACUCUGCAAGCUCAAAAACGUGAAAAAUAAUGUAAGAUUGCAAAAAUGGGAAUAAUUACGAAAAAAUUUAAAGCAAUUAAUGUGAUAGCUUCUCCACGUCUUUUUGCAGCCGUUCCGUGCUCUAUCCGACUCCUCGCAACUGACUCGUCGGGAGAUUUAGUCUGAUUUGAAAGAAAACGAAAAAAAAUAACGAGAAUCGAGCCAAUCGAAGGAUUUGCGAAUCGCACUGCAAAGGUAUAAAAACACCAGUAGUAACACAGCUUUUAUGUGAAUUUUGCGUGUAAUUUUCGGGAAGAUAACCGCGUCUUUUUGUGGUCAAGUAUACGCCCAUUUAUUCAUAAAUUAGUCGCAUUAAUCUGUCAUCUCUCGACGAGAGUAAGGCGAAAAAAUAUUCGACGAGGAUAAUAGACUGCACAUUUGGACGAAAAGGAAGAAGGAAUUCGCUGAAGUUGAGAAAAAAAAAGCAGGAGUUAGAGAGACAAGAUGUCAUUCUGAGCUCGGAGCUUUACGAGGGCUUUUGUAUUUACACCAUGUGAAAACAAGUGUGAUGAAGCAAGAGUGGUUUUAAUAAUUGUAGUCGGUUGCGAUUCUCCAACAUUAGGGAUAGCUUAGAUCAUAGAACUCGAAAGGUUGGAUAAUAAACCAAAAUUUUUCAUACGAAUAUAUAAGCGCGUUCCUCAUUUAAUCUGCAUGUUUGUGAAUUUGUCGAAAUAUCCGCGUUAAAUAAUGCAACGAUUCAAGACAAAUUGCAUUAGCUUUUUGGGCAAAUGGCGCGGAUUUUUACACCUUGAAUUGUUUCUCUGUGUUUGAAGGAGAGCGAAAGUAAAAAAGAAAAAUU